AUGGCUGCCCGGCCGGGGCGGCAUCGCUCUCGGUACGCGAAGCUGCGGGAGGCUGACGUUUGGGAUGGCACUAAGACACUUGACAGAUCCUCUUUUGCGACGUCCAUGGAGUGGGACACGCAGGUGGUGAAGGGGUCCUCGCCGCUCGGCUCCGCGGAGCUGUGGGCGGAGGAGCCGCCGUCCGGCCCGCGGCUGCCGGCCUGGCUGCGGCCCGAGCGGUGCGCCGUGUUCCAGUGCGCGCGCUGCCACGCCGUGCUCGGCGACUCGGUGCACCUCGCCUGGGACCUCUCGCGGUCCCUCGGGGCCGUGGUUUUCUCCGGGGUCACAAAUAACGUUGUUCUGGAAGCUCCCUUCCUUGUUGGCAUCGAAGGUUUACUCAAGGGCAGUUCCUGUGAGAUUCCCAUUGGUUUCCAUCUGUAUUCUACCCAUGCUGCCCUGGGUGCAUUGAAAGGUCACUUCUGCCUUUCCAGUGACAAAAUGGAAUGCUAUCUCUUAAAAACAAAAGCCAUAGUAAAUGCAUCUGAGAUGGAUAUUCACAACAUGCCUCUACCAGAAAAGAUUGCAGAGCUAAAAGAGAAGAUAAUACUAACCCAUAAUCACUUAAGUUCAUUGAUGAAGAUGCUGGAGGAAGUAACUCCUGACCAGUCCAACACAGAAAACUGA